AGGAGGAGAAAAAGAAAUAUCCGAGUAGAGCGCCGCCAAGAAAUUACCUUAAAAAAGAACGAGUCAAUAGGAUUUAAUAUUUAUUAUUAACAAAAAGUCUGGACGGAAGGGAAUAAGAAGUCGGGGUGUGAAUCGGAUUAAGGAAGAACUUCUCUGUCUCUGUGUAUAUAUAUAUUUAUAUAUAUAUAUCUUUAAAAAUUCCAAUGCCGCUGCACAAGUCGGGCCGGGCUCACCGCCUGGAUCCCACCAUGAUCUCUGCCCCGCUUGGCGACUUUCGCCACACUAUGCAUAUCGGCCGUGGCGGAGACGCCUUUGGAGACACCUCCUUCUUGUCCAGUCACGGCCCCUCCAGCCCGGAGUCUUUUCAGUCCAUCACCUCUCCCGUGGAGGCCACAGUUGAAUCACCAGAAAUAAGGCUACAUCAUGACGCUAAAAGCAAACCCCUUGAUGAACCGUUCACAGAACUCCAGCACUCAGAAUCAGUCUCAUCCUUCGAUCUGGAUCUAGAUUUGGGGCCAUCCAUUUUGGGAGAUGUGCUGGGAGUGAUGGAUGGGCUGGGUUUGGGUGACAAGUGGACAAUGGGCAAUGAUGGUGAAGAAGAAGUGUUUCUCUCCGGUAAGAGCAGUGCAGACGGUGGGAUUUCACCCAACGGCGCAAGCAAUUACAUGUAUGAGAAGAGAAUAGACGAUCUGAGCAGAGGGGAGGAGCAUUUCAACGACUUCAACGGUAUCAAGUCCAAAGGGCUCCGGCCGAAGGUCCGAUUUAGCGACAAAAAGGAGGAGAUCGUUGGACGGCAGUACUUAGGUGGAGAAUUAGAGCUGGAACGUGAAAAGGAAACAAGUACAGGUCCAGUUGAAGAGAUGAGAGUUGAAGGAACGGCUAAUAAAGGAGCCUUGAAACCAGAGCUUACGAAUCAUCGGCCAGACAUCAGUCCCAGCCCUUCUUCUUCAAUGAGCUCCGAAUACGAAGGGAUCUCCCCAUUGGACAGGAGGAGAGAGGAGAACCAUUUGUCGGAGUCAGAUUCAGAUGAAGAGGGCGUUGCAGUUGAGCAGGGCUAUACGUUCGAGGAUGAGUCAGACGAUGAGAUCGGCCUUUAGAAGUAUAAUGAUGGGUAUGUAAAGACCAAGCAGAGAAAAGUAUGCACAAAAUGCUUUUCUGAAUAACACAAAAGGGAGAAAGUACCAAAGUGAGAACAACUCUAUGAAACAGGAAGAACUGGACUUGUUAGUUAUCAGAAAAGGUUACACAAAAAAAUGUAUGUAUACAAAUACUUUUCAAAACUCUAAGCUGAACACUAGUUUAUCUUUUUUUUUUUUUAAUCAGAAUAGAACUGUAGUAUUAUAAAGAAAUUAUGUUUCUAUUAGUACUAUUAGUUCCACUCAAGCCUUAAACAACGGCAUACAUUUAAUAUUUAAUAUUACAAAACAGUGCAGAUAAACACUUAUUAGUAGGUCUGGUGUUGCUGUCAUACAUUUUAAAAAUAGGGUCUCUUUUAAAGCUUAUUACUGGGAAUGUUAAAUGGUAGACAUGCUGGUAAUAAAUCAUCUCAAUACAGGAGUCCCAGGUUGAGCCAAAUACCAGUAUUCCACAAAAGCUGUUUGAAAAUGUUAUGUCCUUUAGUGUAUUGGUCUCUUUUUUUUUUAAAAAAGAAACGCCUUAUUAUUAUUAUUAUUUUUUUUAAAUACUAUAGGCCAAAAGUAAAGUGAUACGCUUUCAUUUAUUAAAUCUAUUCUAAUUCAUAUUUUUUCUUGUUGUCGGGUUACGAAAAUACACAAGCGAAUUGCGCUCUCUACAUAUAACAUCAGCAGCAAUCUGGUGUUCCUGAGGUAAAAUCAUGUUGAUCGAUUUCAUAGCGGCAUCGAAACAAAAAUAAAAAGCCAGAGCCAGGCAUAACUGAACUAUGUGCAUGCGUUGGGGGAGAACUUUUGGGUGUUCCUGUGGGAGUAACAAACACAAUGGGUGGAAAAAACAGUGGGUGGAUGAUAUGCUUGUAGAUCGCAGGUGCUCAGUUUAGUACCGCGGACACAGUUUGAUAUAGGACUUCAUUGCUGUUUGCUCUUCUACACUUCUUUGGAGGGGUUUGGUGUAAUUUGACACAGCCUGCUAUCUGCUGUGCAAGUUUAAGGUACAUGGAGAGAAAAUAAAGUAUCCUGACAGAGAACAUACUGAAACUGCAACAGAAAAGCUACUUAAAAAAAUGACUCAACUUUUCAACAAUGACUUCAUAGGUCUCAGUAUACGUUUUAUACACAGAGAGAACACUCUUCGGCAUCAUAUCGUCAUCACUUCCACUUCUUUAUUGUCUUAUGUGGCUUUUUUGAGAUCCAAACUCUUCUCUGCUAAUACAAACGGAAAGGAUGUGAAGAUUAGCGAUAGCAAUAUCGAGUUCAUAUCGCGUAUUGGCGUGCGUUUUGUUACGAUCGGACGAUGCCUAGUGUACAGCAGAACCACAAAACAUUGUGCUUAUACACCUUUAAAUGACUACAAACCCAAUUUAAACCGACUUCUUAUUUUAAUAGCCAGUCGUCAGAGUUUACAUGUCUCCUAGAGACCACUUUCUUAUGGAAAAAGCCUUGUUUUCCCUCUGAAAUCAACUUUUUUGAGCCGAAUCAGGAAAGCUGAAGAACUGCCUACUGGUUUUAAACUGGAUUUAUUGGGAGGUAAUAAUGGACAAGUUGCAUUACCACUUAGUUACACGAUAAUUGUUUUAAGUAGCAAACUGCAUGAAAUUGUAUUUUCUUUUCAGAAACAAUGUCAGACAUCUUUUAUAAUAUAACCAUCUACUCACUUGUAAAUAACGUGAUAUAAUGAUGAUUAAACACCUGACAAUUUGUUCCUGAGGUGUUUUUCUUUGGAAUCUUUACACGCGAAUGUUAACGAUACGUGAUCCCGUCGCUCUGCUUUUAUGUAACGUUCGCUAUUACAUAGUUGUGCAAAAAGAGCUUGGAAAGCAGAUCUCCAGAUAACAAAAAACACUUCAGUCAUUAUAAAACCACUUUCUUAUACGAACGUUCAGCCUUUGGACAGCAUUUAGAUGCCACACUGUGAUCCUUUCGGAGACCUUCCUGUUGAAACUGGUGUAACAGGCGUUAGGAAAACGGGAUCGUGCUACAGCUUAGCUUGAAAAGUCGUGUUUUGAGAGUAAAGCUGCGUGACUAGCCAGGAAUACGGUGCGAAUCCUCAGACAUGUAGGUAGAAUUGUUAGUUACGUUGCUAGGUAAUGGAAACAUUCCAGUUUGUAAAUAACUGGGUGGUUGCCAUUUCAUACAAACGUGCCACAAAAAAAAAAAAAAAAACAAUCAUGUCAUAAGUGCAUUCGGAGCAAUGUAGCCGGAAUUCCAGAGGUAGGAAUAAAACUGAAUCUGGUGCAAAUCGUUCAAACUGGAAUGCUGUCUCAAAGGUCGAAACCAGAAUGUACAAAAUGUUGUUUUUUCUUUCUGUUUUUUUUUAUUUUUUUAAAGAGAACCCGUUUAAUUAUGAAUAGCCAAACAGAAACCAACUUAAAUUUAUAGCAAACGACAAUCAGUUGUGUAAGUUAGUUAAGUAACAUCUCUGUGAUCACGAUGAAUUCGAGCUGCAAACAAAACAUGUACUGCUGUUAUAAUUACACUAUAUGUCAGACCAGUUCUGCCUGUAAGCUCUUGACGUACCUGCAUGUAUGUGUACACGAUGAAACACUGCACUUCAUAUAUCUGAUGUAUUGGUAUUGACAUUAUCUUUCUAAUAUUGAGAUCUGCAUUAAUAAAUAUAUUUACGUCCUCGA